AUGAAUUCCCCGAAGAGUCUGUUUAUCUGCAGAUAUAUAAGCAUGAUCUCCAGUAUCCAAACCUUUGUCAGUAGAAAAAUGUCCCUCGGUAAGCUCAUUCCCAUUCCCUGCGCCGAGUGGCCCUUGUUGCGAGAUCUAUUCCGGCAUGGUUGGCCCGAAAACGAGGUCCCCUUCAACGCCGUCCAAAACUACAUCGACUGGAUUGGGAUUGAUCCAAACAUCCGCCAUCUUCAGGUCCUCGGUUUGGGUGAUAGCUGGCGCGGUAAUGGAACCUUCAUAGUGUUGGAUCGCGACGAGUUGUAUUUCUACUCACUGGAUACAUCUAACGAAUCCUUGGAACAUGCCCUGAAAUUCAUCGACUGGAACUACUCCUAUCGCAUAUAUGCCAUAUUGGAUCGACACCAGGAAGCGCUGGGACGUGUACUGAACCGAUUGAAUGUACGUUAUUCCUUCUUAGAGGACACAACUCAUCAGUAUAGAUUGCUAAAGGAAGAUGUGACCGGUGAAGAGGAGGUUCGACCUCCAACAGGGUUUCGUAUAGGAAAUCUAGCCGUUCAUCAUGCCAAAUACAUAAACGCCCGAUGGGCAUGUCGAGGGGGCGGAACAGAAUACGCCAUUGCACGCUGCAUCGCUUGGAAUACCAGCGUAGGAUUGUUCAACGAACAUGGCGAAUUGGCAGCGUGGUGCUUGUUGAGCAAUUUGGGAAUGAUCUGUGUGUUGCAAACUGAAGAGUGCUAUCGUAGAAAAGGUUUUGGUGAGCUUGUGCUGAGGGCCAUGGUAGCGAAAUUGGUAAGAAGGGGGAUGAAUGCUAGUGCUAGCGUAGCUGUCGAGAAUUUCGCCUCGAGAAAAUUGUUUCAGAAGAUAGGAUUCAAGAAGGCGCAAACACUGUACUACACACAAUAUAAGGUUGAUCGGCCAAUGAAGUAG